CCGAACACUCCACAGCCCGGCACCCUCAACAACUUUCCCCUGGAUGAGAUCACUCCACAAAUGCACUCAGACUGACAUUUACCCUCAUUAUUACCACCAAAACCAUUAAAAUUAGUUCCUCCCCACCCACCACAUUAGUUGAUCUUCUCCUCCUCCUCUCCUCCACUCUAGUUGGUUAUUUAUCUCAUAAUAUUUUCCCCAGAUUUUAACCCACGUAAUAAUUUUGACCUCGACCGCAUAGUUCAAGUUGAGAUUCCUCACCACCAUCACUUUAACUUUCCUCUCCUCUCCUCCCUUUAUUUGUUAAACAAAGUUUCUUCCAUCACGGACAAAAAAGACGGUCUGGUGUGUCCCACUCGAAAAAGUUUUACUUUCACUGCGUGACUCGGCCGCCCAGUAUGUGUCCCUCCGUUGUCGUGCAGUUUAUUUAAUUUUACUUAAUCUCUCGCUCUCGACCUGGAGAAAGGGAAAAAUCAAUUAAAAAUCCCUCAUCGCUGGCUGGCUCUGGGAUGUGCUGGAUGGCUGAAUGGAAAGCCGAUUAGGAGAGAAGGACGCGGAAUUACGAAUCACAUUUGGUCCUUCUGGUCAACAACAGCAAAAGGUGCGGAGAUUAGUAAAUAACUGAUUCUUACCACUGGCAGAACCACCACCUCAUUUAUUUUAUCCAGUCUCCCAAAUCGAAACUAAAUCCUGGCAAGUUAAUUAAAACCUGGAAAUGAGAUGAGGCCUUGGAAAGGAGGAAGAAAAUCAGUGAGUUAUGUUACACUAUAGCUAAAAAGUAGUAGUGGUGGUGGAUAUUGACUUAUUUGCACUUUUCGGGCCAACCAGUUAACCUCAACCCUUUUGUGCCCACUUGAUAAGCCGAUCUCACGGCAUGCGAGGAGGCAACCGAGUUGUUUAAAUUUAUUGCUUAUUGGAAAAGUUUUGUUGAGAGAAAGUUUCAUCGCUUUCCUCCCAUUAUCCCGAACAGCCGUGAACAAGGGGAGAGAGAAGAACAAACACUAUUGACUGGAUAUUUCUCUCCACAUCCUCUCCUCUCCAAACUCUGGGCAAAGUUUUCCAGCGAUAAGGAAGAAAGAAUCGAGAAGCGAUAAUCAUAAUAAUCAAAUAAUAAUCGUCUUAUUAAAUAUUAUUUCAACAAAAGUAAACAAAAUGCUCGAAAUUCUACGCAACCGAAGGUACGAUAAGUGUCCCCUCGUAAAAAACUGUCCACAUUUUGUAUGGAAAUAAGGAAGACGGAAAUAUUCAAGACAAACUCUAGGGGGAAAAUUCUUCCUAAAAUGCGUCUCACACUCGCUCCGAAAGUAAAAUUGAGGCGAAACAUGUCCCUUCAAAUGGCAGUGGUGAUAAUCCUCGUCGUUUUCUUGGCACUCAUUGAGGAGGGAUCAUGUCAGAGAAAAAAGGCCAACUCGUCCUCCUCCACGGUGAGGAAGGGUGGCCUUCAACUUGGCGCUGGAAACAAGCGAAAUUCCACGAUUGCUUUGGGUUUUGAUAAAAAGACGUUGCCAAUGACGGAGAUUCCUCCUCUAAUUCCGGACGAGGACGAUCUGCUCAUUCUGAAGAAGAAGGAGCCGGAAGUGCCGGUUGUGAGUGUGGGAAGUGGGGGAAGUGGGGUCGUUUAUGGGAAGGGUGGUCGGAUGAGGGAGAAGGUCAAAUUAAACGUGGGGUUGUUAGUACCAUAUUCCAUGUUUCAUCAGAGGGAUUAUCUCAGAGCGGUGUCAAACGCGAUAUCAAUGCUGCAAAGGAAGGAUUCUGGGAGAGAGUUCUACCAGCGGUACAAGUUCACGUCGGAUGAGAUUAAAAUGUUCAUGAUCAGUGUGAGUCCAAGCCCGAGAGAUAUUUUGGGAACGUUGUGCGACGAAUUUUUGCAUAAGAAUGUGUCCGCCAUCCUCUACUUGACGAAUUCCGAACUGUACGGGAGAAGUACGGCGGCGAGCCAAUAUUUCCUGCAGUUAGCUGGCUACCUCGGAAUCCCGGUUAUCGCGUGGAACGCUGACAAUUCUGGACUUUUACGGCGAGCAUCCCAAGCGGAAAUGAUUGUUCAACUAGCGCCUUCCGUAAAACAUCAGGCGAUGGCUAUGCUGUCGAUAUUGAUGCGGUACAAUUGGCAUCAAUUUGCCAUUGUCACGAGUCAGAUUGCUGGGCACGACGACUUUGUUCAAGCCGUUCGGGAUCGCGUUUUGGAGAAGGAGACGAAUUUCAAAUUUAUAAUUUUAGCCACGGUCAUGGUGCUAAAUGAGAACGACUUAGCGAGCCUGGUCGGAAGUGAGAUUCGCAUCGUGCUCCUCUACUGUUCGAGAGAAGAGGCCAAGACGAUUCUGCAAAUUGCGAAUAAGUUGGGACUCACGGGUGCCAAUUUCGUGUGGGUCGUGACCCAAAGUGUAAUCGGCGACUCGUUAGAUGGACCUAUCGAAUUUCCGGUGGGAAUGUUAGGGGUGCACUUUAACACGUCGCAUGACUCUUUAAAAUCCGAAAUAAGUGCCGGUAUCCGUGUCUUCGUAUCGGGUGUGGAGGCCUUCACCUUGGAACAUCCCGACGUUAACUUGACCCCCAACCUGUCCUGCGAGGAGGGUCAUCAGAAUGAGAGCGAAACAGCAAAAUGGAGCGUUGGCGACAUGUUUUACAAAAGUUUGAGGAACGUUUCCAUCGAACUGGAACAUCCCCGACCGCCCAUUCAAUUCAGUCCUGAUGGGAUUUUGAAGAAUGCGGAAUUGCAGAUAAUGAAUUUGAGACCGGGGGUUGCUGAAAAGUUGCUGCAGUGGGAACAGAUCGGAGUAUGGCAGUCCUGGAAGAAUUUUACUUAUCAGUUGGACAUCAAGGAUAUCGUGUGGCCCGGAUACAGUCACAAACCUCCGGAUGGCGUGCCGGAAAAAUUCCAUCUCAAGAUUGGUUUUCUGGAAGAAGCCCCAUACAUCAAAAUGGCCGACCCUGACCCGAUUACAGGGAAGUGCUCUCCGGAUCGAGGCGUUCUGUGUCGGAUCGCCAACGAGCAUGAUAUUAUCGGCCUGAACCAUACCGAAGUUGUCCGAAAUUCGUCCUACUACCAGUGCUGUAGUGGAUUCUGUAUCGACCUCCUGCUCAAGUUUGAGGUUCAAAUCGGAUUCACCUACGAACUAAGCCGUGUGCCAGAUGGUCACUGGGGCAGUUUAGAGCAUGGGAAGUGGAAUGGCCUUAUAGCAGAAUUAUUAAAUCGUAAGGUUGACGUCGUCUUUUCAUCCCUCAUGAUUAAUAGCGAGAGAGAAUCUGUGGUGGACUUUUCAGUACCUUUUAUGGACUCGGGGGUGGCCAUACUUACCGCAAAACGUACUGGAAUUAUUCGACCAACUGCAUUCUUAGAACCAUUUGAUGCCGCUCUUUGGAUGCUGGUGGGCCUUGUUGGAAUUCAAGUAUACUCUCUCGCCAUAUUUUUCUUCGAGUGGUUAAGCCCACUCGGAUUUGAUAUGAAGACAAAGGCUAAACCUGGGGCAAGAUUUUCAUUAUUUCGAUCUUGUUGGUUGGUUUGGGCACGACUUUUUCAAGCAUCGGUGCAUAUCGACUCUCCCCGAGGCUUCACGGCAAAAUUCGUGGUUCACGUGUGGUCCAUGUUUGCUGUCGUUUUCUUGGCCACGUACACUGCCAACUUGGCCGUCUUCAUGAUCACGAGGGAGGAAUCUCACAAGUUUACAGGCCUUCAUGAUCCAAGGUUGAGCAACCCUGGUAGCCAGAAGCCCCCCAUGAAGUUUGGAACCGUCCAACAUACUCAUACGGACUCGCUGUUGAGGAAACACCACCCAGAAAUGUAUCUUCACAUGAUGAACUAUAACGUGAUGAAUGUCAGUCAAGGGGUCAGAGCUGUGAGACAAGAGACACUCGACGCGUUCCUGUAUGACGGUCCGGUAUUGCAGUACGAAGUGUAUCAAGAUACGAGCGACACUUGCGCCCUGCUGGUUGAGGGAACGUGGUAUGCUCACACAGGAUAUGGCCUUGCAUUCGGCCGGAAUUCAAAGUUCUUGGCUAGCUUCAACAAGUUUUUAAUGGAGUAUAAAGAAAAUGGAGACUUGGAAAGACUUAAAAGAUUCUACUUUACUGGACCAUGUCUUGUCGAGGGAGGUCAAAGGUCGACUGAAUACGGGAUGCUGACUGGAACCGGUCCACUGGCGUUGGAGCAGUUUCUUUCGGCAUUUGGACUACUCGCUAUUGGAAUUUUUAUCUCUUGCAUGUUUCUCAUGAUUGAAAAAUAUUACGCGAAAUGCAUCCAUGAACAUUUCCAGGACCAACCACCAGGAUGUGUUGCCCUCGUCUCUCAAAACAUGGGACGUCCUUUUACUCACCCUUGGCGAGCUUCUAUAACGUCUUCACAAAAUCAGACUCAAAAUUUCAAAACUGUCACGAUCUACAACUCUGACUGUCGUGACCCAAUCUGUACAACGAACCUGCUCCGACUGCAGCAUCAGUUGAAAAUUAGUAUGAACAGGAUUUACUACUUGGAAAAUAGACUACAAUUGUUUACGGGUGCGUAUAGUGGGAGCAGUGCAGGGAGUGCGAGUGGCAGUGCGGUGGGGAGUUUGGGGAGAAAGACUAAUAGUUGUUGGCCUGCGGGGGGCGUGGGUGGUGCAGCGGUGGAAGGUGGGGUUAUCCAGCAGAGCAGCAAGCACGACUGGAACGUAAUGGGAAAGUAUAGAGAUCAAUUGUAUCGUCCUUCCUUAACUGAAAUCGCUGAAAUCGAAACCGUCCUUUAGUUUCUUGUUUAAAGCAAACAAUUUUAAACAAAUGCUAAAUACACUAAAGUUACGAUUGAUAUACAAUGUUGCUCAAUCAAAGAAAUAGUGAUGAUAAUAAAUAAAUUCGUUAACAGA